GUUUCCUUUCUCUUCUUCACCACUCAAAUCCCCCUCACUCACUCACAACGCAGCUCAUUCCCUUUUCCUCUGAUUCUCUCUCUCUCUCUCUCUCAGUUCGUCUUCUGAAAGCCACGAACAAUACGGCGGCGUGUUGAUUUGCUAUGACGACGACGACUGCGACGGCGGCGGCGGUGCUCCGGGAGCCUAAGGUGGAGAUUGGAAGGUACCAGGGGCUGAGGUCAGCAAACUCGCUCGCUCUCACCGCCGGAGGAAGACACGUCACUCUCUUCAACGCUUCGUCUCGGAGCUCCUCUCUCAUUCGAGCCGUCUCUACGCCCGCAAAGCCUGAGACUGUGACAAAGCGUAGCAAGGUUGAAAUAUUCAAAGAACAGAGCAACUUCAUUAGAUACCCGCUUAAUGAAGAGAUUUUGACAGAUACCCCCAAUAUAAACGAAGCUGCUACCCAACUCAUCAAGUUUCAUGGGAGCUACCAACAGUACAACCGAGAUGAACGUGGUGGAAGGUCUUACUCGUUUAUGCUUCGUACCAAGAAUCCUUGUGGGAAAGUGUCAAACCAACUAUACUUGACCAUGGAUGAUCUUGCCGAUCAGUUCGGAAUUGGGACCCUUCGUUUGACCACCAGACAAACAUUUCAGCUCCAUGGUGUUCUGAAGAAGGACCUUAAGACAGUAAUGAGUAGCAUCAUUAGAAGCAUGGGUUCAACUCUUGGUGCCUGUGGUGAUCUUAAUAGGAACGUCCUUGCUCCUGCUGCUCCACUACUAAGAAAAGAUUACCUUUUCGCACAGAAGACAGCAGAGAACAUUGCGGCCCUGCUGACUCCUCAGUCUGGUUUUUACUAUGAUGUAUGGGUGGAUGGAGAGCAGUUCCUGACAGCAGAACCUCCUGAAGUAACCAAGGUCAGAAACGAUAACUCUAACGGAAAAACCUUCACUGAUUCCCCCGAGCCCAUCUAUGGAACUCAGUUCUUGCCCAGGAAGUUCAAAAUUGCAGUCACUGUGCCAACAGAUAACUCGGUGGAUAUUCUGACAAAUGAUAUUGGUGUUGUGGUUGUUACUGAUGAUAAUGGGGAGCCUCAAGGGUUCAACAUAUAUGUUGGUGGUGGUAUGGGAAGGACACAUAGGUUGGAGUCCACAUUUGCCCGUCUGGCGGAACCAUUGGGUUAUGUUCCCAAAGAGGAUAUUCUAAAAGCAAUUAAGUCUAUUGUAGAAGUUCAACGAGAUCACGGCAGAAGAGAUGAUCGUAAGUAUAGUAGAAUGAAAUAUUUGAUAAGUGACUGGGGGAUUGAAAAGUUUAGAAGAGAACUUGAAGACAAUUAUUACCAAAAGAAAUUUGAGCCAUUCCGCAAGUUGCCAGAGUGGGAGUUUAAAAGUUACUUGGGAUGGCACGAACAGGGUGAUGGCAGUUUAUUCUGUGGGCUUCAUGUUGAUAAUGGGCGUAUUGGGGGAAAGAUGAAGAAGGCAUUACGAGAGGUUAUAUCAAAGUAUAAUUUGAGUAUAAGGCUCACACCCAACCAGAAUAUUAUAUUGUGUGAUAUUCGCAAUGCAUGGAAACGUCCCAUCACAACAACUCUUGCACAGGCCGGUCUGCUGCAUCCUAGGUAUGUAGACCCCCUUAACCAAACUGCGAUGGCAUGUCCAGCCUUCCCUCUAUGCCCAUUGGCAAUAACUGAAGCUGAACGGGGAAUACCUGACAUUCUUAAGCGAGUUCGAGCGGUAUUUGAGAAGGUUGGUCUAAAGUACAAUGAAUCUGUUGUUAUAAGGGUGACUGGCUGCCCCAACGGUUGUGCUAGGCCAUACAUGGCUGAACUUGGACUAGUGGGUGAUGGUCCCAACAGCUAUCAGAUAUGGCUUGGAGGAACACCCAAUCAAACCUCAAUAGCAAAAACCUUCAUGAACAAGGUCAAGGUUCAAGACCUGGAAAAAGUUUUUGAACCUUUAUUUUAUCAUUGGAAACGCAAGCGACAAGCUAAAGAAUCAUUCGGCGACUUCACAAUACGUAUGGGUUUUGAGAAACUUCAAGUGUUGGUUGACAAAUGGGAAGGUCCAGAGGUGGCACCAACACGUUACAACCUGAAGCUUUUUGCUGAUAAGGAGACGUAUGAAGCAGUUGAUGAACUUGCAAAGUUGCAGGGCAAGAGUGCUCAUCAGUUAGCCAUGGAAGUCAUCCGCAAUUUUGUUGCUUCCCAGCAAAAUGGGAAAAGUGAAUGAGUACGCCAUGGAAACUGUUUUGCAAUGUCAUUGCUUCCGAGCUAGUAGCUCGGGUGAAUGAGGAACAAGGUCUCUGUUCUCACCAAGCUGUUACUAUUCGGUAACAGCAGGAACAAAUGGGAUACUGGAUUCGGUCUUAUUUUGCAUCAAGUUUUGCUUGCUUUUAUUCUUCUUGAAUGUUGAGUUUGUAUGAGUAGCUUGGAUUGUGUAUCCUAUGUUCGGUUUGAACUUGAGUUACCUUGUUUAUUAUUGUUUAAUAAAAUUAACCCAGUUUUUCUCGGUUCAAAAAAAAAAAA